UAGGCAUUUGGCCCGAGUUUUUAGGUCCCUUUUUUGGUCACCCUUCAUGGCUGGUGCUGAAAACAAGGUGACCGUGCAGGAGAAGGGGGACAGGCCGCCCUGGGACAUGACGUGGCUUCCCUCGUUGCCCGCUUUGUGGGAAAGCCAAAGGGCACUUAGGCAGCGGAGCAUCAGUGGCAAACCCUUGGUCACUGGCAUCAUGAGCCGGAGACAUGGGGUAGAGGUGUGCGUUGGGUCCAUGGCAUGCGUGAAGCUCAACCACGAGGUCUUGAAGCCGAUAACUUCGGCUAUGGCUGAGUCAGCAUGCUUGCAGACUCCGGGGUUGGAGCUCCUUUUCCAUGAGGUGCUUGCAUUUCACGUGUCGGCUGGGUAUCCGGACGAGAAGCAGAUGGCCGCAGUGGCCCACGCGGAUGCCUGGGGCCUGAAGCGCAUGCUGAACUUCCUGCGGAGGAAGUGGUACAAGGAGGAGACACCCAGAGAUGCCAUGGUGAGGGACCUGGUUCAGGACUACCAGCAAGCGUUCAACCAGCUUCACGCGGACAUCGGUGGGGCCCUUUUCGAGGACUGCCGCCAAGCUGCUGUUGAAGAUGAAGAAAACGCGGAGAACGAGCAGGACGAGAUCCUCACGGUCACAUCGUAUGAGUCAACCCUGGCACCCUUCGAUGCAGAGCAGAUGGAGGAGGCUCGUGUGGAGAACGCACGAAGGCCUCUGCCUCCCCCAUCAGGGCGUGCUACUUUGGGUUUGGACGCAGGGUCUCCGGUGGCUGUUGAGGGCAAUGGGCAAGAACAUGAAGGGCAUCCAGCUGCUGGAGGCAUGGAGGAUCUGCAGACCUCCCACAUGGUCGGGGAGGGGGAGAUGGAGGAGCUGCAGCAAAAGCUUCGGCUGGCAGAGCUCAAGCUGGAGGCAAAGCGGCUGAUGGCAGUGGAGAAGGAGCGCAUGAGGCAGCUGAAGCGUCAUCAGGCGUCGCUGUCCACUAGAAAAAGUCUGGUGAUUGACUUGCUGGACGGCGCGGAGACUGAACCCAUAUCCCAUCAAAAUUUGAAGAACUAUGAGGAAGAGACCCAGCUGUACAUCCCCGACACCCAGGCCAUCAUGGAUGUCAUGCACGAUGGCCCCGGCCUGGAGAGCCCGUCCGGGAAGUUUCCGCUGGCCUUGCAAGCGAAGAAUGCACAGAACGUGAAGGCUCUUGACAAGCCCCUUGUCGAAGUGCCGAUGGUGUCAGAGCAAGUUUCUCCGUUGAAGCGAGUGGUCACGCGAGAAGAUCAGCUUGCUGCCAAAGCGGCGCGCAAGCGCAAAUCCGAAGACGAAGAAGAAUCAUGUGAGAAGAAAAAAACAAAGAAAGCGGGGCGGCUGGCAAACAAGCAGGCCAACCUGAAGAAGAAGACAAGCAAGGGCAAGGCGGCAGACAAAACAGAGGAUGUCAAAACCAGCAAAAAGAAGACCAGCAAGAACAAAACUGACACACCUCCGGCCAAACAGGCCUUGGAGAAAAAGGAGACGCCCGACAAGGUGGCAAACAAGAACAAGGGGGAGCGCAGCAGUUCCUCUGGGAAGGGGGGUGUGCGCUCCAAAACCUUUGCUGGCCGGUACAAGCCCACCACAACUUGGAUGGGCAACUUCUGGGAAGCCGCUGUCUCCUCGUUUGGCAGCAUCAUCAAGCCACGCAUGGAGUCAGGCAGCCAGACUCGCUUGGAGACGCAGUUCUGGAAGUUUGCCAAGGAGUUCUGCUCUGGGCACAGCACAUACGCUGAUGGCUCGGACUGCAACGGUCUUUGCACCCAGGCAGCUGGGGAGUUCUGGCAGAGUCUGACUGUGCCGGAUGUGGACUGAGGCUUUGGCGGCUCACGGCGGUCUCCAUGAAGGAUUUGUGAGUGGCAUGCUGGGUUGGAGCUUGACAUGAGCUCAUUUGUGUGUGGUGUAAAUCAUGGAUUUCUGGCCUUAUGGCUGAAAGAGUGCCAUUUCGAUGUGAG